AUGGUCACCGCCCGCCACUCGCGCGCGUGCGCCGGCGUGCACCACGGCGCCCCGCGCGCCCCCCUUCUUUGGCCGCCGAGGCCCACGCUCGCCGUGGCCUCGCCCGCACCGUCGCCUCUCACUCCCUGCGCCCGGUUCGCGCACCGGCCUCCCCCUGCACGUCACUGGCCACGCCCCGACACCUCCCGUGCUCUCCUACCAUGGCGCGUCUUGGCAGCCCCUGCCGCCGCUCUCCCUCCACUGUGCAGCCCUGCUCCUUCUGCUCCGUUGCGGGUGUCGCUCGCCGCGUCGUUCCGCCACCGCAUCGCCGUGCGGCCCCGCACCGGCCCGGCCCGGCCGCGCCCCCACCUCCAGCCUGCGCCACCCCGCUCUGAUCCGUCGCCGUGGCCGACGCCCUACUGGGCAGCCACGGGCACACGCCCGGGCGCCCACUGCCCGCUUGUACCCGCGCCUGAUAGGUCCCUCUGGGCCACACACACGUGGGGCCCUCCCCAGUGA